AAUAAGCUGAGGAAGCUGUUGUUGCAGAAAGAGAUGUGGACGCUGCCUUUGCAGUAUGUGUGUGUGUGUGUCAAUGCCUCGUCCGCACCAUCUUGAUGACAGAUGUGUAGAACUGUGAGUUGGGUAAGUUUGUGGGGUCUAGGAUCGGUACUCUGCUGGAAGAUUCUCCGCAAAUUGUGGUAUUUCCAGUGCCUUUAAUAGCACGGCCAUGCACUGAGGGGGGGAUCCACUCAUUCUGCUCAAUUGUAUCAUCUGCGGUGGAUUGAUAUAUGUAUUGGACGAUGGUUGUGAACGGCAACUGUGUCCAUCGACUCCGCUUCAUGAGUUGUCAUGCAAUCCGGUCCUGCAAGUCCAUCCGUGUUUUCACGCAAUCAGUUCCGGUAUCUGGACCCAUCCGGAUUUCAAUUUCAACGUCAGGUAUGGCAGAGGGCCACUCCCAGCAAUCAAUGGCUAGCGAAGUGCAUCCGUUGGCAGCUUCAGGCUUCAAUGCUGAUCAGAGAAUUUAUGAAUCGGCUCGACCAAGCUACCCAGCAGCUGUGUUAAAGAUGGUGAAGGAAGAAAUUGUGGUUCCUCUUGGUAACCCCACCACAGCCUCGAGUCUCUCGGUGCUGGAUCUAGCCGCGGGUACCGGAAAGUGGACGCGACUAAUUCUUCCUUUAGGCAUUGGUCAGAUUGUUGCUGUUGAGCCCUCUCCUGGCAUGCGCCGCGAGUUUCAGCUCGUUUGUCCUAACGUUACCAUCCUCGACGGCUCGGGUACUGCUAUUCCACUGCCAGAUGCAAGCGUGGAUGUCAUCUUCAUCGCACAGGCAUUUCACUGGUUCGCAAACGUUGAUGCAUUGACCGAGAUGCACCGCGUGUUGAAACCGGAAGGAACAGUUGUCAUGAUUUGGAACCUGGAAGACAUGAGGACUUCCUGGGUUGCAAGGUUACGUGGUGCCUAUGAGAAACACGAAGCUGGUAGUCCUCAGUACAGAUUAGGGCUGUGGCGGAGACCCUUUGUAGAGCCAGAUAUGGCGAAGGUGGUGUCAAAAAUGUUCCAUUUACCAUUUCAUGAACGGCAAGUCAGCCACUCUGUGUCGAACACGAAAGAUGAUGUGUGGCAACGCGUCCUCAGCAAGAGUUACGUUGCAGUUCUCAGCGCUGAGCAGAAGGAAGAGCUGAAGAAAGAAGUGGACCAUAUUUUGUCAGCAGAGGAUGUACACUGGGAUAAUGGAGAGGGUACCGAAAAAGUGGUGCAGUAUCCUUAUACAACUGAUGUCGUAUGGUUCAAGAAGCUCUCGUCAGACGUUUUACCUCAAAAUGCGAGUGCCUUCACCCCCUUUUUUUAUGAAAAAGGCUUCGAACCCUAUGUCACUUGAUCCUGCAAGUCGCCGUGGCGUUUCCUUUGACCAUCUCCAGUGCAGAGUUGGACAAAAUUAUCGGAACUGAACAGGUUCAGCUUUGGUUUUUCAUGAGUCCAGAGUCAGCAUUGUUUUUUGGAUCCAGCAUCGCACUGUUUUAGUGCGAGGCACAUUGAUUUGUCCAUUCUGUGAAUUUCUAAUUCAAUUAUGUCCUUACAAGUCAUUCAUUCUACAUUUUGGCUGCUUGGUACGAUGCUUAUGUGGUCUUACGUGCUGCAACCUAUUGUGGAUAUCUUUCCUCGCAGUUGUAGAUUGAAUGCGAUGCUUUGGGAUUUGCGCGCAUUCAAGCAUUGAUGCAGUCUUCCUAAUUGACUUCUGUGGGGAAAUAUUUGUGGGAGAGUUCAGGUGGAGACAAUCUCGACUCCUCUUCAAGAAUCGAAGAAAUACGCCAGGGUAAUCCGCGCUUGAGUUCUGGUCACAGUUUCUCGGUGUAAAACGACCUUAUAAAAUGCAUCUGUUAACACCUGCAUUCAAAAGCAAUCAGCGAACUACAUCGCAUAAUUUUUUUAUUCUAGAAAUCUUCGCAUCAAAUUUUAAGGUGUGGCAAGCGCGUAAUUGACCUCAGUGGGAUAAAAACAUCAACCGGUUAAUCGUAAUGCGUCACUGACGUUGAUGCCUACACCGUCAAGUCGCGAACUUGCGGUGACCCAGUUACCAUCAUUCUGUGCAUGAGAUCUACCGAAAUCAACCUGGUGCGACAUACCAACAAAUGAAAGUCUGCGUGCAGACCUCCAAGCACAUCCUCCUCGAUGACACCCAUCAGCUACAGUGAGAUGCUCCACCUUGUCGUUGUAUUCUCGGAUUGGAUCACUGCUGUCAUGUCCCACUGAAGUCGGCAUAUGUGCUGCGGAGAUCGGCAUGGCACAAACAUGAAGAAUGCAGCGAUUUCAUGCAAAUUUGAAGGUGAGUUUCACUAACAGAUUAGCAGAAGACUAUGUUGCCCCGCUAGAAUUUAUCCAUGCUGAAGUGGGUGAUCAUUGGGAGGAGGUGGAGAUAACUCAUAUUAAAACAGGGAGAUAAAAAGUUGUCACUAACAAAGAUUGCCAACUAAAAUUAGACCUAGUUAUACACAUAUACUUAUAUUAGUUUAACAGAAGUACAAAAAGUAUUUGAGAGUACAUUUUAGUGUAUAGAUUUCAUCAUUUCUAUUAUCUUCUACAAUGUUACUACAAUUACCAUCAUUCUAAUGAAAGCUCAUGUUGGCAUCAAAAAGCAUUCUAUGAC